UCGACCCGAGAGGCGAGAGGGCGUUGGUGUUAGUGUGUGUACGGCGAAUUUUUCAAGUAAAAGCUUGUAAAUUAUUUACUGAAGAGUACCGGCUUUUGUAAUGUCAUUUUGUCGAUAUAAUUAUCAUUAACUCACCAACACAUCGAAUGUGUAUAUCAAAUUGAUAAUCACUAAAGCAUUUAUUGCGGCUCAUUGAAAUGGAGUCCAAUGACUUUGAAGCUAUUGAGGACAGCGCAGAUGAGAAUAUAGCGAGCGACGAAACUGUCGGUGUGGUUCUGGAAGAAGCGGAGAUAGUGGACUGCGAUGCUGACAUAAAACUCGAUGAUGACGACAUACGGUACCACCUGUAUGCAGUAAACAGAGAUGACAAUGCAGUAGAAUACAAAGUUAUGCAUGUCAGCAACAAUGACAGGGAGGGCAAUGAACUUUCGGUGGCCACUCCUAUGAAUAGUACUGUUCAAGUUUUGACUGCGCCAUUGAAUGCGCAAUUAUAUGUACUCAGUAAUGGUAAUGAGAUUAUAACAGAUUCCGCUACAGCAGUUGUUCCCAAUGUAACAAAACUGCAAAUAGAAGGCUCGCAGAAUAUUUUAUCCGCUAAGAAGAAGAGGACAGAUAGACGAAGAGUGGUACACAAUGAAGUUGAAAGGCGUAGAAGAGACAGAAUUAGCAAUUGGAUCUCCAAAUUGGCAAAGCUCUUGGCAGAUUGUGAACUCAGUUCUGAACAGAACUUGGACAAGGAGGAAAAUGCAAAACCAAAUUUGGAAGCACAAAGUAAAGGGGGUAUACUAGCACGAGCUUUUAUGUACAUUACGGAAUUGAAAGAAACGCCUGAUAAACUGGCUCGGAGCUUGAGUGAAAGUGCACAAUUGACAGAAGAAGUCAAGAAUCUUCAACAAAUCGUGACUCAAUUGAGAGACGAAAAUUCACAAUUAAAAGCUCAAAUUUUGAAACAGGACUGUGUAAUUAUACUUGAUCCUUAAAUUUCUAUAAGGAUUUUAGCCUGAUUCAGUGUUAAUAUCUUGUAUGUUGCUGAUAUGUAUAUCGUAUAUCUUCCUUAUACGGAAAGAUGGGGACAAAAACAUGGACUAAAUAUAAUAGUUAUAAAAUGUUUAUUUACAAGCAUAUGACUCAGCAUAUACAUAUAUACGUGUGUGUGUGUGUGUGUGUCUGUCUGUGUGUG